AUGGAACAAGCAGAAAUGUCAGAUUCCGACCAAUCUCCACCUUCACCAGUGCCAAAAGAAUUUCGUGCUCCGCUAUUGAUCAGCACCGCCAGAGUCCCCCGCAGCGAUGCAACUAACCGUCCCCGUCCGGCAUCUCAUUACUCUACACGUCCCACGCUUGUAUCUCGAGUAUCCAAUUCAUCAUCGUCUACUCGUUCGGCGUCUCCGGUAUCUGGUGUAAAGGACAAGACGAAAAAAGAGACGCCUACAAAGAAAGAUAGGAGAAUAUCAAAUUCGAGAAAAAAAAAUGGUGUAAAAAACGUCGAAAGAAGUAAAGAAAUGGAGGGAACAAUUGUCAUUGUAGGAAUUGAUUUUGGGACGACAGCCUCAGGAUUUGCCUAUGCAGAUGCCAUAAAUCCCAAUGUGAUUGAAAUUUUUGAUGACUGGCCAUGUUGGCAAGGAUAUCUGAAAGCGUCAACUAGUAUCCUGUAUGAUUCAAUCACAGAAACAGCAGUGCAAUGGGGCGAAGAAGCUCAGGCGUCAUUGAUACGGAAAAGACGUCGACUGAUGGGUUCAAUGGAUACUAAUUUCAAGGAACUUGAAGCGUUCAAGAUGAAUAUUGUCAAGGAUGGGGAGGAUGCCUUGGAAGUAUGGAAGAAGGCAGUCGUGGACUAUCUGACAAAUUUUGGAACGAUACUCCAACAGGCUCUACAGGCGGUCUAUCCAUCUCUAUCUUUAGCUAAAAAUGCUUCUAUUAUACUGUCUAUCCCGUUGUUCUUUUCUGCCUCUGUCCAAAAACUCCUUUGCGAAUGCUUUGAGCAGGCCCUCUCAAUCCCUUCCUCGAACCUCCGCUUUGUUUACGAAUCAGCAGCAUCAGCCGUAUACUGCAUGCGGUUACUCCAUGGCCAUCACGAAGACGUCGGGUGCAAAUUCCUUGUUGUAACGUGUGGGGGUGAAACGGUACAAUUGACCGUUAGGCAAUUAAUAGGAAAUGACAGAUUAAGAGAAUGCACAAUGCAGACAGGCGAAAUAUGUGGAGCAAUGGAGGUUGAGAAGGAAUUUGAGGCUUGGUUUGGCAAACUUGUUGGAAUCGAUGGAUUGACCAAGUGGAAGAAAGAGUAUUACGGACAGUGGAAAUAUCUUUUGUAUGUUUUUAUCAAGGAAGUUAAAUACGAAUUUACUGGCAUCGAAGAAAAUUUUCGGCCAUUCCGAUUAGAUAUACUGGAACUUUGUCCCAAUCUCAGAUAUCUCGUCUCUGAGCCUUACCUCUCCCAACUCAAAUCUGUCGAAUGGAUUGUAGACGUUACUUUUGAUGUCGCUAAAUCUUUCUUUGACCCUAUUGUCGAUAAGAUUAUCAAGUUGAUAAACGAUCAGGUUAUUCAGUGCGAAAAGUUGGACGUUAUGUUUAUCGUUGGCGGGUUUGCGAAUAACGAAUAUUUGGUUAGGAGGAUUAAAAAAGAGUUUAAAGACAAGGUGAAGAAAAUUACAGUUCCGGCUCAGCCGAUAGCUGCCGUACUAAAAGGCUCGGUAUUCUAUGCCCUUGAUCCAAGUUCGGUGGAAACACGCGUUUUACCUUUAACAUAUGGCAUUUGUUCUCCCACACCAUAUUCACCAUCUCUUCACUCGUCCUAUCACGUUGGUAAUCCCCCUGAGACAGUCCCUCUGUUUAGAACAAUAGUUCCAAGAGGUCAACAACGCAUAAACGCCAUCUAUUCAACAACGGUUAAGGUGGAUCCGGAACAAGAAGAACUCAAAGUGAAGAUAUAUACUAAAAAGGAGGAAACGCAAACGGACGACUCACUCACAUGUACGGGCGGGCCGUCCAAAACCGCGGAGAAUGUGCCGUAUUUUGAUGAGGACGAGGUUCAGUUGUAUGGAACUCUUACUGUGGGACUUCCAGAUGUAGAGUACUUAGACAGAGAGAUUAGAGAGAUUAAUAUCCAGCUAUCCGUCGGUGACAUUAAGUUGUCAUCAUUGAUGGUUAAGAAAGUUGAUCAGUAUUUCGAUGAAUUAUUGUCCAAGAUGGAGGAAAAAAGUCCUCCAUACCAACAUUAUGGCGAUGUCGAAGGAGUACCUAUCAGAACAGACUCUGGUAAUUACAUUCAAGUACAGAUUAUAUAUCAUCUUGGACAUUGCUUUCUUGGCUAA